AUGUCUGCUGUUGGUCUACCUUAUUUGAGAGCUUUGAGAAAGCCAGAAUUGGUGGACAUCGCCGAACAAACCGAGUUCUCAAACCCCGAUGAUUACAACAAGAAUGACCUCGUUGUAGCUCUUGAUAAGCACUUGCGCAACAACCAGAACAUCUUCCAGGGCCUCGAAAGCCUCUCCGGCUACUAUUCCCGCUUCAGUACGCCCUCGCGCAAAGGGAUUUCGCCCGCCAAACGCGACGCUUUGAGGACUCCUGCCCGGCGCCAGCCUAAGCAAGAGCUCAAGGAAGAGUUCAGUGAAACGGAAGAUUUGGUUCCCACCAAGAUUCAGGCCAGCUCACCUGUGGAAAGUCCCGUUAGACGUACGAGUGCGCGCCAGACGCGCCCAACACCCAAGACUCCCCGCGUGCCAUCGAUCUCCGUGGUGGAGGAUGCCGAGCCAACGCUGCCCGCUUCCCCAGCUGUCGUGACUGAAGUAAUCGACAAUCAGACCCGCAAGCUGCGCCAGGGACUGGAUAGAAUAUGGGAAGCAUCCGGAAUUAUUGAUCGGGCUCACUCGCUGCGGGACAGCCUCAGCAGCCUCAAGGCUCUGGAGACUAUGAUUCUGCUGUUCGAGUUUGGUAACCUGAUCAAAGCCCGACUUCCUAUCCGCUACCUGACUACAAUUCCGGCGAUUCAAUAUACCCACACCCCGGCUCUGCGCCUCAAGGUCCCCGAUCUAUUCCAGCUCCUGGAAGGAGACUUCUGGAUGCCGAUUUCUUUGUGGUUCUUUGUUGCCUUCUUCUUGCCUUUGGUUGCUUCCUAUUUCAUAAACUUGGGCGCUUCCCGGGGGCGCGCUACUCGCGACAGGUCCACUUCUUCGCAGUUUGAUCCGCUUAUUUUCAAUAUCGCGAAGGCUUUGCUGGUGCACCUCGUGUUGGGCAAAGAGAUCCACCUUGGCCUUACCACCACUUACAACAUCCGGAAGGUCAAGAAUGCUGUGCUUGGUGGCGAGCAGGGUAUGAUGAUCGGUACUGCUAUUGGAGCUGUCGGUGCCCUGUACGAGGCUAUUUUGCAACGCUCGUGA